UCUCUUCUGCAUUUUUUGAGAUUAAAGAAACCUGCAAUGUCUAGGAAACAAAACCAGAAGGAUUCAUCAGGAUUCAUUUUUGAUUUGCAGUCCAAUACUGUACUGGCCCAAGGAGGAGCUUUUGAAAACAUGAAAGAAAAGAUAAAUGCAGUGCGCGCAAUAGUUCCCAAUAAGAGUAACAAUGAAAUUAUCCUGGUUUUGCAACACUUUGAUAAUUGUGUGGACAAAACAGUACAAGCAUUCAUGGAAGGUAGUGCCAGUGAAGUACUCAAAGAAUGGACAGUAACAGGCAAGAAAAAGAACAAAAAGAAGAAAAGCAAGCCAAAACCUGCAGCAGAACCAAGUAACAGUAUCCCAGAUUCCAAUAAAUCGGUUUCCAUUCAAGAGGAACAAUCUGCGCCCUCCUCAGAGAAAGGUGGUAUUAAUGGUUAUCAUGUCAAUGGUGCCAUCAAUGAUACUGAGUCUGUGGACUCACUCAGUGAAGGUAUGGAGACACUUUCAAUAGAAGCCAGAGAACUGGAGGAUCCUGAGUCUGCCACAUCAGAAAUGCUCGAUAGAACAGGAUCCAUGCUGGAGAAUGGUGUCUCUGAUUUCGAGUCCAGAUCUUUGACUAUGCACUCUACUCAGAAUUCUCAACAAAACAGGAAUGCUGCCAAGUCUCUCUCAAGAACUACUGUAGGACCUCAGCUUUCAAAUCUAGGCAUGGAAGAUGUUCCCCUCUCUUCCACCAAUAAAAAGCUUGGUUCUAAUAUUGAAAAAUCUGUGAAAGACCUCCAGCGCUGCACAGUGUCUCUUGCACGAUAUCGAGUUGUAGUUAAAGAAGAGAUGGAUGCUUCUAUUAAGAAAAUGAAACAAGCUUUUGCCGAAUUGCAGAGCUGUUUAAUGGAUCGGGAAGUGGCGUUGCUUGCUGAAAUGGACAAAGUGAAAGCUGAAGCAAUGGAAAUUUUGCUUAGCCGUCAAAAGAAAGCCGAACUUCUAAAGAAAAUGACUGAUGUGGCUGUUCGGAUGUCAGAAGAGCAGUUGGUCGAGCUCAGAGCUGAUAUCAAGCACUUUGUUAGUGAACGUAAAUAUGAUGAGGAUCUGGGACGAGUGGCCCGAUUCACCUGUGAUGUAGAGACCCUGAAGAAGAACAUUGAUUCGUUUGGACAAGUGUCCCAUCCAAAGAACAGCUAUUCAACCCGGUCCCGAUGUAGCUUGGUCGCAUCUGUGUCUUUGGGUAGCCCACGUGACGCCUCUGCUGCUGCUGCUUCCACCUGCACCUCUGCUCCCAGCCUUACAAGUGCUAACAAGAAGAACUCGGCACCGGGGGAGACGCCUGCAACCACAGCAAACUCCGGUGGCCGAUCCUACCAGCCUCACCGAGAGGUAUUGCCAGGAAACAGACGAGGAGGACAAGGCUACAGGCCACAAGGCCCAAAGUCCAGUGACCCCACUGACCAAGGGCGACACGACAGCGUGGGUCGUUACAGAAAUACCUCAUGGUAUUCAUCUGGUUCUAGGUACCAGAGUGCUGCAUCCCAGGCACCAGGAGACACUAGUGAACGGGGCCAGGCUCACUCUGCAGGGACGAACGGGACCGGAACCAGCAUGGAGCCCGGCCCACCCAAGCCCUCGUUCAGGAAGGGGCUCCCCCAGCGCAAACCUAGGACCUCUCAGCCUGAAGUUGUGAACUCCUGAGGAAGAUUCCAGCCGGUCUCUCUCUUCUUUCCCACACAAUUCAACUUGGUAACUGGACUUUAGGAAACCUAUAGUUAGAUGUAAUAACAAAAAGAAGUUUACGCAUAAUCACUUUUUAUGCCAUUCUAAAUAUUUUGGUUUCUUCUCUCCUCGUUUCCUCUUUACCAUUUUUGGAAGGGAAGCUGUUUUUUUUUUUUUCCCUUGACCUUUUCCAGUGAGAUGGAUUGAUUCUGAUUGGUCAUUUCCACCAGAAAUCACAGGCAACUGUUGCCAGGUUUCCCAAGGGUAAGCAGUGUUCUUCUUGGGGCUCCAGGCCUUCUGGAGGCCUGAAGAAGCCUUCCUCAGCCAGCCCGACUGUCCAGGCGUUCAGAAGGAGAUGGAUCGCGGCUGGUCUUGCUGCCUUUCUGUCGCAGCAGGAGCCGCACGUGCCUGUCGGGUUCCCUGUAAACAACAGCGUGAGCAGGAGAGGCAGCGAGGGGGUUGUGUACAGCUCUGAAUUGGCCAGAAAAGGGGGAAUUGAAUAGGUUGAAAUGGAAGGACCCUGGGACACGUUUGAGACUCUGCCUGUGCUCCUAAACUGUGCCUGAGCCUGACACUCAGAUAGCAGUUUUAGUCUCUCGCUUGGCACCAUGGCUUAACCUGCGGUUUCUUCCAUAUGCCCAAGCCUUGUUUUCUAUUACCUUAGGCUGCAAACCAGUCUAGGGAAGUCUAUGGGAAAGUAGCAUUAAUUCAAGGGAAAAAAGUAUUUCUUCAUUUCAGUGUUUGAAGAUUUUUGUUGCUAUUGUUCUCCCUCUUUCCUGAUUCCCAUUCUGACCCUGAACCAAAUUUAUAGCAAUAUAAUUAGUGUUAAUCUAAGGUGUCAACCAUCCAAAAAUUGCUGCAGUCAGUCUUUAGAGUUGAAUAAAUAAAAACAAAUGCAUAAA